AUGGUGAGAAGGAAAUGGACGCCGCGUGAUGAUGAGGUUGUGAUAAGUGCAUGGCUUAACACUUCAAAGGACCCUAUUGUCAGCAAUUCUAUGAAGCUACGGACCUUCUGGAAACGCGUCGAUGAGUUCUUUGCAGCAAUGAUGAAUGAGAAGAUAGAGAAUGUUCAUUGUAAGCAGAGGUGGAACCGAAUAAAUGAUCAGACGAACAAGUUUUGUGUUGCAUUCGCUGCUGCAGAGAGACAAGCAACCAGCGGUCAGUGUGACAGAGACAUGUUAAAGCGUGCUCAUGAAAUCUUCUACUCUAAUCAGGGACAGAAGUUCACCCUCGAGCACGCGUGCUCCGAAACUCCAAAGCGUCCUGAAGGUAUCAAGGCUGCGAAAGCAAGCAGGAACAAUAGAAAAGGAAAAGAUAUUGAGGACUAUAAGACCAUUAUGGAGGGGAAGAUGGAAGAACUCGACAAGAAGGAGAAACUGUCGAAGCUGGCGAUAUUGGAUACUCUACUAGCUAAGAAGGAUCCACUAAGUGAGAGUGAAGAAACUGUUAAGAACAAGCUGUUGGCCCAACUCUUCUAG